AGCUGCUCAGCCUUGUGUCUUAGGCAUCACCCGAGUUCGCCUCCGUCCUGACGUUCCCUUACGUUCUCUUACGUUCCACACAAUCCACUAUCACUGCGAGAGCAUUCAAAGCCGAGAUCCAAGCCUAUUUGAAUUCCGAGCAGGGUCAGCUCUAAUCGUCCAAAGCCCAUCUUCGCCCUCCCCUAAGAUGCCGUUCUGCACAACCUGCGGCUCCUACUUCGAUGGCCGAGGCUCACACUGCGCGCUCCAUAAUCCCUACCUACAAACUCACUACGCCGACACAUCCUCCCCAAUCAACAUAAGUUACCGUACUGGCACAGGCGGCCGCUAUGCCACCCCUAUCCGGCGCAAGGCCAAGCUGUACGACGACUACGAUGGCAUGCUCGACACCUACAACGACCGCAACGCCGUCGCCCGCUACAGCCCCCGAAAUUCACUAGCCAGCUUGCCUGAUCCUAUCACGUCGCCGUCGCACCUCCGGCCCCUGGCGACGACGUUCGCACACCUGACAACGCACCACGCUAUCACGUCGCUGACGUAUAGCGUCUCGCCCACGGGGACGCGCAGUAUCACUGCGACUGCGAAUCCGGAUCGCGAGCAAUGCUCUACCUGCAGGCAGUGGUUUCCGGAUCGAAGAAGGCUGGAGCUUCAUCAAUGGGAGUUUCCCGUGGGAUGUGAGAUGCAUAGUGUGUGUUUGAGGGAGGAGGAUAUUGGGUGGCAUGCUGUGAGUGAGAGGCAUGAGAGGUGUUUUGUUAGGGGGUGUGGGAGUAUCUACAGGAGGGAGGGGGCAUGGAAGAGGGGUGUUGUGGAAGGGCAUGUUCGGGGACGGCAUGGGGUGUACGGGUGAUUGAGGCGAGUUUACUUUGAGUGAUGCGUUCGAUGUGGCUGUGGGAUAGGAUAGUGGGGGCAAAUGGUGUGUACGUGGACGCUAAGGGGAGGGCGGCAUACAGCAGGAAAUCAUCCAUCUUGGAUUUAGUUUGACAUAAGAAUAUACAGUGUGUCCAUUGUG